AUGCAGUUAUUUCAUAUUUUAUAUCUUUGCUUUGUGUUGGAUACGUACUUAAAUUCACACAUUUUGUGUUGGCUGAAAGGCAACAUCUCUUAUGCGGCAAUCUACCUUGAUAUAAACUCUGCGAAUGCCACUUGUAGUCCGUAUCGAAUUGGUGAUGACAUUGGUAGUGCGUAUGCGAUGGGUUUGGUUGGUGGAUCGAUUUUUCACUCGUUUAACGGUUUUAGGAAUGCAGCAGCAGGUCAAAAGAUUCGCGGAAUGUUUAGAGAGGUUCGAAUGCGAGGUCCCUUAACAGGUGUUCAAUUCGCCGCUUGGGGUGGUAUGUUCAGUACGAUUGAUUGCACCAUGGUGGCACUAAGAAAGAAGGAGGAUCCAAUCAAUUCAAUCGUUUCGGGUGGCCUCACGGGUGCUUUUCUAGCCGUACGAAGUGGUCCAAAGGUGAUGGUUGGAUCAGCAGUAUUGGGUGCUGUAAUAUUGGCGAUGAUCGAAGGUGUGGGUUUAAUAACUGCAAGGUGGAUGGGUUCAAUGUUAGAUCCAACCGCUCCGCCUUCACCGGAACUCGAAGACCCGUUAAGUUUACCCACGAAACCAGCCAAAUCUACUAGUAGCGGUGGUAAUAUCAGCAGUGGUGUGGAGGCAUCGCCGAAUAUGGCACCAUUUGGCAUACCCGCAAUGAAUGUUUGA